GCUUGGACUUAUUACCAGAGUACACACUACCAGAGUACACACCACCAGAGUGCACACUCUUCCAAAACAAGUUCUAAUUUAAGAUAAACACUUUUCAGCAGAUAUUUUGAUCAACGCUGGCAGAAACCAUGUGGUAAUUUUUAUUUCAGUCCACUGAGUCAUUGAGUUCGAGCAUAGGUGCAAUUUUUUGGUGCAUGGUUUUCUUUUAAGUUGUUAAGGGCUACUCUAUUAUAUUGGUACAAUGCAGGAAUUUAAGUGCUUCUAUUUUCCUUUGUGCUUGCCUGAAACCUCUGCGUGUUUGCAUAAAGUUUUAACUUUAAUCACAGGGCAUGUAAAGUUUUUUCCAUAUCGAGGAUAAUACAUUUACUUGUUGACUUCUCUGUUUUCUACUUGUUUUCCAUGUCACAUUCACUUAUGAUGCUCCCCAUGGACCCUUGAAGCAAAGUUGUGUGAGUCCAGGUGCUACACCGAGAGCCCAGCCCAUUCUACAACUUUGACCAGUAGGUGUUUUAGUUUGGCUGCACCUCCAUUGUGCAUGAUGAUCAACUUACUAGCUUCGAAAAUCUUUCAUAUAUAUAACUCCCCCCACCCCUUUAAGAACAAAAUUGAAUAUUCUGCUAAUUUUUAUAUGCUUUGUUCUUACAGGUUGUCUUCCAAUUUUUGUUAAGGUUGUCUGCCAUGUUUUGUUUCAACGUUCGUUUUUAUGUAGCAGAUGCAAUUGGUGUUAUGUAUAUUGGCAAAACAAUACGGGACCUGAAGGUUAGAUCUUGUGAGCACCUUGUAAUUACCAAUUUUGUGGGGAAAAAAUGUCUUGUCACUAACCAUCAGCAGUAAAUGGGCAUCUAAUCGUUGAAGUCAUGUCCAACUUGGAUAAUUUCAUAACGACAUCAGCAGCAACUUAUAUAUUCAACUUAUAUAUCUAAAGAUGAAAAUAAAGUCUUUUUACUCAGAAAGACAAAUCUAUACUCAAAAGAAAUUCACUAACUGUAUAUAAUAUCAAUAAAGAAAACAUAUGUGAUGGUUUUAGGGAAAACAUUAACAACCUAUAUUAUCGAUAAUAUCAGUAUACCGGUUGUACUAUCUUUGUGUUGGUUGUUCAUUGCAUUGAUUUUUAUACGUUUUACUUUUUUAUACUGCAUUCAUUACACAUUUUGUAUAUGUUUAUCAUGAGACAGUAAGACACAAACUUGUAUAUACCUAAAAUUACAAAGAAACAUCUCAGUUUGCUUGUUGUAAUAAUAUUUUCUGUCUUAGGUGAAAGUAUAAAAAGAUGAAUGAUGAAAAAGUAUGUGGGUGUACAGGUGUAAGAAGCUGCUUGUUGUGUAAGAAACAAAAACCUGAUAAAAUUAUCAUUGAAAACAAGAAUCAAUACUGGUAUUGUCCUAGUUGCAAAAAGAUAUUUCAAGGAGAUCUUAGUUGUUUACCAGUGGAUAGCAGUUAUGUUAGCAGUUGGUGUGUUUAUCACGAAGGUGGAAUGGCCUGCAAAGAUAUUGUGAAAGGGAUUCAUGUUUUUGAAGAGUUUAUUUCCGAUAAAGAGGAGGAAUUUUUAGUUAGUGAAAUUAAUAAACAAGAAUGGAAGUUAUCACAAUCAGGGCGAAGAAAACAGGACUUUGGACCAAAACCAAAUUUUAAACGAAAAAAAUUAAAACUGGGAAAUUUCAGUGGCUUACCAGCAUACGUCAAGUUUCUUGUUAACAGAAUAAACGAAGUAAACCCCUUACGUAGCUUCAUUGCUGUAGAACUAUGCAAUUUGGAGUAUACACCAGAACGAGGCUCGUCAAUAGAUCCUCACAUUGACGAUAUAUGGUUAUGGGGUGAACAACUCGUAACAGUGAAUCUUUUAUCACGGACCUUUCUCACGUUGUCUUGCUCAAAUCUUUCUUUGUAUAUACCUAUGUCACAAAAAUCACUCAUUAUACUUGAAGACGAGGCUAGAUAUAAAUGGCUACACAGCAUUAACAGAAGUCAUAUCAACAAGAAACGUAUAGCAAUGACCUUUCGAAAUUUAAGUUCUGAAUUUGAGAAAGUAGAAGGUACUGGUUACGAAGUUGGACAAGAGAUCAUAAAAAUUGCACAAUCUUUCGAAGGAACUGUAAAUUUGUAAAUCUGUAUGAAAAAAAUUCUUUUUGUUUAGAA